AUGUCGAGGAGCGGUUUUGGACGUGGCUUUGAUGGUAGUGUCGGUAUGGCCGAUAUUGGUAGCGAUGCCAAUGUUAACACUAUUACCAGGAAUGUUCAGAAAAUCAAUCAGAACAUGUCCGCAAUCGAGAAAAUGUUAUCCAAAAUUGGCACAUCUCAAGAUGGACAACGCUUUCGCGAUAAUAUGGAAAAACUGGAAAGAGAUAGUAGUGACUUAAUUAAAGAGACCAAUAAAAGUUUAAGACAACUCAAUGCUUCAGCUGCCUAUGAUAGUGACCGGAUGAAGAAGGCCCAAGUAGAUCGAUUAAGCAGCGAAUUUGCUCAAUCUUUGACCAACUACCAAAAGAUAGCCAAAAGAAUAGCAGAAGCACAACGUGAAAAUGUUGAAAAGAUCAGGGCCAGUAGUUUUGGACAUAGUACAGAGCCAUUAAUUGAUACCGGCGCCAACCAGCCCUAUUCGGAAUAUGCACCUUCUGGAAAUUAUCCUGGUAAUUCAUCAUUUCAAAUGCAGGCUGAAGAUGCUGUCGAUUUAGAAAUGAUUGAAGAACGUGAAAAAUCCAUUAAGCAGUUAGAAAGUGAUAUUGUUGAUGUCAAUGAAAUUUUUAAAGAUUUAGCUACCAUGGUACACGAUCAAGGGGAGGUAAUUGAUUCUAUCGAAGCUAACGUUGAAAGCGCUGGAAUGAAUGUUACCGAGGCUAACACACAAUUACAAGCUGCUGUUAAGUAUCAAAAGAAAUCACGAAAGAAGUUGAUUUGUAUCGUAGUCUUAUUGCUUAUUGUUGCCGCAAUAGUUGGUAUUAUCAUUUGGCAAACGGUACCUAAGCCAAAGACCAAGCCUUGA